AUGACCUUCCCGCUGGUGUGCUACUGCAACGCGCUUCCCCGCCCCGUCGCCGCCGUGUUCAAGUUCCUCCACGCAACCGCGCUGGCCGUGGUGCUGGUGCUCUGCCUCCUCGGCCUCUACGAGUUCCCCUACGUCCCCGAGGACCACGCGCCGCUCAUCAACGGCCGCCGCCAUCGUCCCAACCGCGACGACACGCCUCCGGAGACGGUGAAGCAGCGGCUGCCGACAGUCGAGUUCGUCAUGCACCUGGCGGAGCGGUCGUCCCAGCUCUCGACCUCAAAGAGCACAGCUACAUCGGCGGGCCUCCACGACGACGACUACGACGGCCAGGGCAGCGCCGAGCAGGGGAGCACGUCCAUGUGCAGCGUGUGCCUAGAGCGGCUGGAGCCGACGGACUUAGUUCGGCGGCUGGGCAACUGCGCACACGCCUUCCACACAGGCUGCAUCGACCGGUGGAUCGACGUCGGCGAGAUGACGUGCCCGUUGUGCCGCUCCAACCUGCUGCCGCGUCAGCGCGGGGGGCUGCUCGCCAGGGCACGGCGACUAGCUACCUAG